AUGUCUGCCUGUUCAGAACGCGUCAAAACGUGCCAAACUUGCGCCAGGGCCAAAAUCCGGUGCUUGCGCACGCCUGGUGAGACGGUCUGCGACCGCUGUCUGCGCCUGAACAAACAAUGUUAUUUCCGUCCGGCUCGCAUGCGACAAGCAUGGUCGAAAAAAGAGAGCCGGCUUGAGUCGCUGGAGCGACGAGUGGAGGAAUUGCUGGGUCAACAAUCGCACGGGGGUUGCAGCCAGCACAGUGACCAUGACCAAAGCACUCCAAGCACAACCUCAACCGCCGGCGACGUUAUCGACAGAGGUGUCGUGACGCUUGGCGAAGCCGAUGCGCUGCUAGACUCCUUUCGUCGGCUGAUGAUGCCUCACUUUCCCUUUGUCGUUGUGCCUCCUCAAAUGACCGUUAGCGAGCUUCGCGAACAGAAGCCCUUUCUCUUCCUUGCCAUCCUCUCUGUCUCGGUGACGCGCGAUGUGGAAUUACAGCGAUUCCUCGACGAGGAAACUGCAGCUGUCUUGGCCAAGCGAACAGUAACCGACCACUACCACAAGGCAUCGCUGGAGACAAUACAGGGGAUUCUCGUGUCAGUCGCAUGGGGACAACAUCAAGCGGGUGCAAAGGGACCAAAACGGCACGCGCUGCGAGACUUUUCAAACUAUCUCCAUCUGGCGAUCAGCCUUGUAGUGGAGCUGGAGCUGGAUCGUCCCGUCGAGCUCCGCAAACGCUGUCCGCGCAUGACGAUCGACACAAUCAGUCCCAUUGCGCGACCGCUGCAUAUUCUACAGGACGAGCAGAGGGCAGUGAUUGGAUGUUCAUUCCUUGCGUCAUGCUCCUCCGUCAUCACCCAAAAGACCUGCACAUUCCCAUGGUCCUCCCGCGUAGAGGCGUUCGCGCUCGAGCUGAGCGAGAAGGGUGAAUAUGCAAGCGACCAGUCCCUCAUCCAUCUCGUCCGACUCCAGCAUCUCUUCGAGCGGAUUGAUCACCUCUCUGCAGAUCCCAACAUUCCCACCGCAGGGUACACCAGCCCUAUUGGCGAUAUGGAUGCGUAUCUACACUUAUUCCGGACGAUGUAUAGUGAACUCCAAGAAUACACUGCGCAACUCUCACCACAUUUUACAGACAACAACUGUGCGUUUACUCCCUUGCCUACACGCUACGCUUCUGCUAACUGUAGAACAGUCCUCCUAGCAGUACAGCUGCACACGGUCAACCUCUACCUGUGCCAAGUAAGCCUGUUCGAAAAAGACAGCAUCGCACAGCUCCCUCACUCCAUCCGAGUUGACAUCCUCUGCCACGGCCUCGCAACGGCGCGAAGCUCCUUCGACGCCUUCCUAACUAUCGCCCUCAACACCGAACGCUACCUGAGCUACUCGCAAUGGCUCCAAACGGGCUUCUGCCUGAUUCUAUCCUGCAAACUCGCACUAAUGGCCGCAUCGGAUAAAUCCAUGCGCCUGAACGAACCCCGUGUGCAGGCCCUGGUCGAUAAGCUCGACAUGAUCCGCGUCCUGGAUACUUGCGUCUCGAGACAACUGUCUCAGGAGCCCGAUCGCAAAACAGGCUUCGAUUACUCGGGCUGGUUGCAGUGGAUUCAGGAGUGGGUUGAGAGGCAUUAUAAUGCGUCUACAUCGCGGGAGAAGGUAUCGCAAGGGGGAAUUGCCGUCGAACAUACGAUCGUUCCUGUGCAUCCUCAGCAUCAACCGACGCACUCGGCGGCGCCGUUCUGUACAGCUGACGACCUGGGGAUUCCGGUCUCUACGGAGGAUUACAUACCGUGGCCGGGCUUUCCGGAUGUGGUUCCCAGUGAUAAUGUUCUUGGUGGGUGGAUGGAUCUUGGAGUUAUUUCGCUCUAG